CGGAAGAAAGACUCAAAUAUCUGUUAAGAAGCCAUUUUAGUUGGCUCAGUUUCUGUUACGUGCAUGAAUGCUACGUGAGGGGAUUUUCUUUGUGUGAUUUACUGUAUUUGUGAAUGUCUGCCAUCUGCUCAUUUUUUUAAAAUUAUAAACCCACAAAGGCUGUGGGCACUUUCAAUUGUGGCUGGCAUUCAAUAAGGAAAAAACUCAACUAAAUUGUCAAGUGGUUUGAUUCUGACUGAAUGCAAAGGGUUGGACUAUGUUGCAUCCGGCACAGGGGAGCUCUUAUGCUGCACACAAAUUGAAUAAACUGCCAACAGAAGUGAAGUCAGCCCCUAGUUUAAUUACACCACUUUUAAAAACAAGUUCAAAAGGUUUUUUUUUCCCCAGACUUCAUCUUGUCGUCAAAACAUUUUUAAAUGUUUCUCUUUUAGUUAUUUCUUCACAUUGCUUGUCAAUAUGUGCAGUCAUAUUUUCUGCUGACGUGUUGAUAAAUGCUGCUUCUGAAUGUUGUUAAACUGUAGCGUUUGUAAAUUCGUGUUGGUGUCCUGUCUUUGCUUGUGUGAAGCACAUUGAGUUGCUUGGGUAUGAAAUGUGCUCGAUGAAGUUGCAUUGCCUAAAUUUCCUCAUUUGAACCACAAUGGCCACACCGCAGUGACAUACAGGUAUAGAGACCCAACCCAGGGGUCCAAUGCUGCGUCGUCUUGGGCAACAUCCCACCACCGACCAUCUCGCGGGAUGCCCUCGGCAGAAUGGACUGAAGCAAAGUGAUUCACAGGGAUUAGGGAUUAAAAUCCACCUCCCACACCCACCCCCAGCUGAAUGCUUUGGUGGAGUAAAUCUGGGGAUUAUGAUGUCAACAGGCUCGAGCUACAGGAGAGGAAAUUGAAUUGUGUUGGGGAAAGAGUGGCACCGGCGGUCGGAUUACAGUGCAGCACUAGCAAAAAGCAGACAUGGCGGUUCGCAAUUGUGCCAUUUGUCAACAUGUGACAAAUGUUGAAAAUAAUGCGGAAUGAUGUUGAGGUGACUGAUUGGGUGGUAAGAAGAUUGCUGUGUCACUGUUAAUCUCGGCCAUCCCGCUCUGGAGACAGCUCCUCCAGCCGCCGCCGCAGCCGCCGUCCCUCCGGCUCCUCCUCCUCCUCCUGCUCCCACUAUCCCGUUCCAAGGAAUCACAAAAACCAAGAAAAUGAAGGUGAAAUGGACCCAAGUGGGUUUGGUGUUCUUCCUCGUGCUGUCCAUGGUGAUGACGGGAUGCUUCUUCUGGCAAUAUCAGCUUCCAAAGGUGCAGCCAGAUGAAGGGCUGGGUGACAAUGCCAAAUCCGAGAUGAGGUGUCCUCGCUUUCCUGAGCCUGUUCCACUACAGCAUCCCAUUCCUGCUCUGAAAGAGUCACUGGAAAAGGUGGACAUUUUGCUUCGCCAGAGCAUCAAUCCAGUUAGUCUCCCGGCUCUCUCCGCCAUAGUCAUCCUGAACGACACAGUUUUAUGGACCGGCAAUUUUGGCAAAAGGAACAGCUCAGAUGCAUUCUCAGGACCCCCCAAUGAGUAUACCAUCUACAGAAUAGCCAGCCUGUCCAAAAUCUUCCCCACGCUGAUGCUGUACCGGCUGUGGGAGGAGGGCAAGAUCGGCUCACUGGACGACCCGCUGGAGAAGUACGUGGACAACUUCACCAUCAAGAACCCCAUGGGGAGGACCCGCGAGUCGGAGCUAAAAUAUGUGACGGACGGCCUGAUCUUUCUGGACAGCGGCGAGGUGCCUAUUCGCUCCUCCUCGGUGACGCUGCGCAGGAUGGUCAGCCAGCUCUCUGGCCUGCCCAGGAGACUCAGGGCAACAAACCUCCUCUGGAAAGGAAAGACUCAGUCAGCGAUCAACCUUCUGCAGGACGAUGUCCUUGUCGCCGAUCCGGGAACCAAAUGUCACUACAGCAACCUCGCCUUCUCACUGCUGGCUCACGUGAUGUCCGAGCGCGUGGUCAACAUGGACUACCAGCGCUGGGUAUCAGACAACAUCCUGGACCGUCUGGGCAUGGAGGACACCGGCUUUGACAUCACGCCAGGCCUCCAGGGCCAGGUGGCCGUGGGUGUGUACUCCAAUGGGAAGCCCGCCCCACUCUAUGACUUGGGCUGGUAUCGCCCAUCGGGUCAGAUGUUCUCCACAGCGGCAGACCUGGCCAAGCUGGCCAUGAUGCUGCUGGGUGCCUAUCACCGCAAGCUUCUGGAUCCUGACUCUUUGAAGAUCAUGCUCACGCCGCUGUUCAAGUGCGACAAGGACUACUUCGCCAACCGCACGGGGACGCCGUGGGAGGUGAAUGAGCUGCUGGGCUACGAGAUGGUGCGCAAAGAUGGCGACCUUGACGGCUAUUCGGCCACAUUCUCCCUGGUGCCACGACUCAAGCUUGGACUGGUUGUGCUCAUGGCCGGAGGUCGGUCCCAGAAGCAGGACGUUGUGGCCAAAGCCUACCGUCACAUCGUCCCUGCCUUAGAAAAUGCAUUCAGGGAUGCCCAGAGGGUGCUGUUCGCACCCCCAAAUCCAGAGGCCUAUGUAGGCUUCUUCACCUACAGCAACAUCACCUUCUACGAAAUAAAAGCCGGCUCGGACGGCAUUCUCACCAUGCAGCAAUUCGGCCCUCAAAUCGAAGAGCUGAUUCCGAAAACGUACCGGACCAUAAAACUCAAUUUCCUGGUGGAGCGCAUCUUCAAGGUGGUCUUUGAAAGGGAGUACCCCUGCGUUCUUAGGGUGGGCUCGGCCUCAGUUUCCCUGGAGGCGCAGGAUGGGCAACUAUUCAACUUCUAUGCAUACGACAAGCACGGCAUGUCCCCUGGGUUUGAUGCGCCGGGGUUGAACACAUACAAUGUGGUCAGGAUAGCACGCAAGCCGUCCUUCUCCAGUUGAGUCGAUUCUCUCUAAAGCAGACUUGUUUGCAUCGUGGCCUUGAGGGGGUUGUUAUGAAUGAAGGUGGUCAUGCAGACAUGCUGUGAAAGUUACUCAUCUCAUUUUCUGAUGCUGGUAACGCAUCAUUUUGUCUCCUACCUGUACGCCAUUUCUUUUAUUUUUUACUUUUCAUCUGCUCUCCUUAAGCUACUUUUGAGACAUCAUGUCUUCUUUUUCCCGUUUUUUAACACCACUGACAACACGGUUUACAGUGAACCCUUGCUAUUUACAGGAGUUACCGGCUAAUGAUAAGGUUGUGACCAAACACAAAAUAUUGCACCGCGUGUGGCGCAUAUGUGUUUGCUCGCGGUUGAACUACACGGGUUGCUUUGAGCUGAGAAAAGGAGGAGCUCUUCAAUGUUUGAACAUUGCUAGUUGUGUUCUUGCUUUGGCGGCUAAAUGCUAUCUUGAUGGACUGUUCAACAGCUAAAAACAAGUCAGUCCACUCACCUGAUACAUCAUCUUCCUUGCUUCCCAUUCUCUUCUUGGCUUGGUCCCAGCCACUAGUGAAAGCCGGCUGAGUUGUGAACCUCAAUGAUCCAUUCAUUAUCUGAACCGCUUUAUCCUCACAAGAGUCGCGGGCAUGCUGGAGUUUAUCACAGUUGUCUUGGGGCAGUUGGGUACCCUGAACUGGUUGCCAGCCAAGACUGCAAUGAUAUUGUCCCGCAUUGCUCUUAGUUCACCACGCUGUUUGCCUUUUUUAUUUCAUAACUUUUUUUGGCUCUGUGUCUGUGCGUGUGCAGCUGUGGCUUUAUUUGAUGUAGUACGUACAUUCUCAACACCAAUUAUGCGUUGGUAACGCAACACUGCCAAAAGUCCUCAUCGCUUCAAACGCUUCAUUCACGCUGCCAGUCAUGCAACUGUGUAAACUGCAUUGACUAUACAGUAAUCACCCCUUUAUCGUGAGGGUUACUUUCCAAAAAGAACCCCCAAUAAGUGAAAUCCGUAAAGUAGUCAUCUUUAUUUUUUACAAUUAUUACGAAUACAAUACUGUAUUCAAUUAAGCCAAAGAUUAAACCUGUAUUCAGGCUUAAGCAUUAAAAUAUACAUAUAUAUAUAUAUAUAAUAAUAA